AUUGUGGUCUCCGCACGCCGCCGGGCGUCGGAGGGGUUGGACCCGUCCCAGCUCGCCUCCUCUGUGGAUAAGAUAAGUCGUAACUCCGCCCCCUAGCUCCUCUGGAGCCGCAGUCAAGGAUGUUGGAAGAGAGAAAGAGGGAAGUAACGUUUGUAGUGACACACGAGCGGACAGUAGCUUACAGUAUCGUAGCAUUUCGGACAUUUUCCCUCUGCUAAUGAACAUUAACCUCACUGUUUCUUCUUGGAGGAUCUACGAGGGGCUACGCACGUAAAACUUGGAUUUGAAGAAGAAGGGAUGAGGCAGUCAUUUGAAGCACUCUGACAGGAUGGCAUCACAGGACGGGGAGGAGCCUCCUCCAAACGGAGGUCAAUCAGAUAGCCGUUUAAAGAGCAAGAAGCCGCCCAGCCUUGUAAUAGCCAUCCCUCCACCAGAGGACCCUGCAAAACAGCCACUGCGCUCAUCUCUGAAAAACAGCAUGAGUGCUCAAGCUACUGGUUCAGUAUCAGAUAGCAUGAGUGGACCUGGAGAAGGACGCUUCUUAGCCAGAGACAGGAGGGCAAACUUCGGCAGACAGACGUCCCUCUCACAAAGCAUCCGCAGGAAUACAGCCCAGUGGUUUGGUGUCGGGGAAGACUGUGAGACCAAGCAGCAGGUAUGGCACAGGAAGAGCCUGCGCCACUGCAGCCAGCGCUAUGGCAAGCUCAAGGCCCAAUAUAGAGAGCCUGAGACGGCCACCAGCAUCGACCAGGGAGUGGACUCGCCAGCCACAGGCAAGCUGCCCAAGAUUGUGGAUCCCCUGGCACGGGGCCGAGCCUUCCGUUGCCCAGAUGAGAUGGACAGUCGCUCCCCGAGGACGCCACACAUCACCCAGGGCGGUCCCAUCACACCGGGCGUUACCUCACUCAGCUCCUUCACCAGCCAGCGCUCUGGGUACAGCCGCUUCCCCAGGCGUAAGCGGGAGUCUGUCGCCCGCAUGAGCAUCCGAGCUGCAUCCAACCUAAUGAGGGGUCGUAGCGGCUUGGCAGGUUCCCAGACAGGUCGUAGUUUCCCCAAAAGGAGCUUUGCCAGGCCCAGCUGGAUGGACGAGGACACUGUGGACUCAGCAGACACGUCUGAGUCAAUCUUCUUUAGCAAGGUCGAUGCCCAUGAUGAAUUGUACUCAAUGGCUGAUGAUGUAUUUGAAUCGCCUCCCAUGUCUGCAGCCUUUGCUCCCAGUGAGCAGCCUGACCAGAAGUUCCCCAGUUACCCCAGUAAAGACGUAUCUCGAAUGCCCAGGACACCAGUAGUAGUGAAAGAUAAGAGCCAUCCCCGUCGGGGUCGUCGCAUCGCCUCCCAAGUUAAGCACUUUGCAUUUGACAAACAAAAACGUCAGUACGGCAUGGGUGUCGUAGGGAAGUGGCUUAACCGGCACUACCGACGCAGCAUCAGCAGCAACGUCCAGAAGCAGCUGGACGACUUCCACAGCCACAGGCCUUACUUUACCUACUGGAUCACAUUCGUCCACAUAGUGAUCACUCUGCUGGCCUGUUGUACGUAUGGUUUUGCCCCUGUGGGGUUUGCACAACAUUCUAAAUCUGAACUGGUGCUGAAGAACAAAGGCAUUUAUGAAAGUGUCAAGUAUGUCCAACAGGAGAAUUUCUGGAUUGGUCCCAGCUCUGAGGACCUGAUCCACCUAGGGGCCAAGUUCUCACCGUGCAUCCGUCAGGACAGACAGAUAGUCAGUCUGAUCCAGAAGGCCAAAGACUCCGAGAGAGAGUCUGGCUGUUGCGUUCAAAAUGACAACUCUGGAUGUGUGCAGACCUAUAGGGCCGACUGCUCCGAGACGCUAGCCACCUUCAUUAAAUGGAACAAUGAGUCUGUUGACAUCUACAGGUUCUCUGGUUCUGUCUGUCAUCAAGAUCCCAGAGUGUGUCAAGUGCCGGCCUCUACCAAGCCUCACACAUGGCCGGAUGACAUCACCCAGUGGCCGGUCUGCACACUCCCCAAGAAGUGGAACCACACAGGCUACAGGCACAUGGACUGUAACAUCAAAGGACGGCCUUGCUGCAUAGGAACAAAGGGCAGAUGUGAGAUUACGACCAGAGAGUAUUGCUCCUUCAUGCGUGGUUACUUCCAUGAGGAGGCCACACUCUGCUCACAGGUCCACUGUCUGGAUGAUGUGUGCGGUUUGUUGCCCUUCCUCAACCCUGAUGUUCCUGAUCAGUUCUACCGUCUGUGGCUCUCUCUCUUCCUCCAUGCUGGGCUGCUGCACUGCGUGGUGUCAAUCGUCUUCCAGAUGACCAUAUUGAGAGACCUGGAGAAGCUGGCAGGCUGGGUCCGCAUCUCCAUCAUUUACAUUUUUAGCGGUAUUACUGGAAACCUCGCCUCUGCCUUAUUCCUGCCCUUCAGAGCUGAGGUGGGUCCAGCAGGGUCUCAGUUUGGACUCCUUGCUUGCCUGUUUGUUGAGCUGUUUCAAGGUUGGCAGAUGCUGGAGAAGCCAUGGAAGGCCUUUUACAAACUGUUUGGCAUCGUCCUCUUCCUCUUCCUGUGUGGCCUUCUGCCGUGGAUCGACAAUAUCGCCCACAUUUUCGGUUUCCUCAGUGGCAUGCUGCUCUCCUUUGCCUUCCUGCCCUACGUCACCUUCGGGACUUUCGACACGUACCGUAAACGCAUCCUCAUUGCUGUCUCGUUGUUGGCCUACAUUGGGCUGUUCUCUUCCCUCAUCGUUUGGUUUUAUAUAUACCCAAUAAACUGGCACUGGCUGGAGCAUCUCACCUGCUUGCCUUUCACAAACAAGUUCUGUGAAAAGUACGACAUAGACCACAACAUUGACGAUGUGGUGCACUAGUCUUGGAAUGAUCAGAGUCUUUGAUCAUUCCCAGCUGUUUCCAGGUCAGGCCUUUUUAAGAGUGUGGCAAUCAUAUUUUUUUUUUUUUAAUUAUUAUUAUUCACUUGUCCGAGAACCUGAUCAAAGGAACAGAGUGGAUUGGUCUCUUCUCUUGACCCUGAUGACUUGCUUACUUUGCUAAAACUUUCCUAAACCUUUUUAAUCCUCAGUAAAGGCUGGCACCACCUAGCAUGUUAAUUUGCUAAUGGGCUAGCUGAUCCUCAGAAUCAGAGGACAGGAAAAGAUACUCAGGACGUCAAAACUGCAUGGAGCUGGAGGAACCUAAAGGAAAGAUCUACAGAGUGAAAGAAUCCCUCAGUCUCAUCAAUCUAAAGAAGUCAAAUGAUCGAGGAAGACAUGGGUGACAUUCAAUCACUUUUCCUUUCAAAUCUAUGGACGACACACAGCUGAGAUGAAAAGGAAAGCUGAUGCCAUAAUGGGUUUUAAGAUGUGUCAGAUGCCUCCACUUACUAAUUCUUGUUUUCAGUUACACUGGGUUUAAACUAAACAAGCUUUCUUUCAGUUCUACGACUUCUCGAUGUCUGGUGACAGUUAAAUUUUGUUUUUUGUUUUUAAUCUCUUGUUAUUUUGUAUGUACGCACUUGGCAUGCCUAUAUUCUUUGGAGCCGUGAAAUGUUUUACGCUAAAGGUAACGGUGUGUUCAAAGUAUUAACUGUGCAGCCGGAAUAGAGAAAGUCAAAUAUCAGAGGUCAAUUGAGGCAAGAUUUCAGUCUAAAACCACUAGUUGCCUUAAACAGACUAUGCCAUUUUACAAAGAUGCCUCAUUUUACUUUUGCAUAUUGCCUCUGAACAACUUACUGAAUGCUGAUGAACACACUUAUGACCCUAACCUACCAAAGCAACUUCACAUGCUGCUUAUAUGCAUGUUGUUUUAUCCACAAUCACUUUGUUUUCUGUCACUGCCACAAACGCAAGUUCUAACGCUAUGGGUCACGCUCUACCUGUAGUGUCUCAUUUUUGUCAACACAGUGGUGCUUGAAGCAUUUUGUAGAUUCAUGCUUAAAAAAAAGUACUCAUGAAAGUACUCAUGAAAUUUUUUUCCAGGGGUUAUUAUCCGAACAGGCCUUCUGUUGGAUCAAAAGUUGGAAGUUUUGUACUGUACUUUUUUUUUGUACUUCUUUAUUACUCUGAUAGCUGCAAAAUCACAAGAUUUAAUAUGUUUCCACUGAGCAUUGACAUGUCUUUGUAAUACAAUUUAAUAGACUUGUGUUUUUACCAUUCACUUUUUCCAGUACCGUCCUUGACAAAAACAAUGCAAGAAUGUUUACUUUUAACUUUGGCUGGCCGUGACACGAAAUACAUUUCUCAAUACUUAAAAAUCUCCUCUAAAGCACUUCAUUAAACGCUUGGACUGGGCAACAAAAAUGCACAUAGUGACAAUUUUGACCAAAUUCCUCAAAAUUAAUAAUGCAACGUUACGUAGUAGGGAUGACUGUUGCCUUUCAUAAACUAUUGACACAAUGAGAUUUCUCAUAAAUAAUCAUCAGUAAUAUGGAUGUAAUGACUAAGUGGGUAAAGGCAAGUAUUAGAACAAGUAGAGCAGUAGGUAAGUUCUAUAGUUUCAUGUCACGAUAACAAUAGGAUAUUGAUGUAUUGCCCAGCCCUACUUUUAACUGUUUUCAACAAUAGUGUUACUGCAGACAUAGAAUUCUCCUUAAACAGACACACUCAGAGUCAACAUGAACAAAGUCUUGCAUGCUUUCAGCCACUCAUUUGGAUUGUGUUCCUCAGCCUCAACUAUCGCUGUUUCGGUAUGUCCUUGACAAAGUCACAAGUCCUAAAACCUGAAGUGAAACAUUUCUUUCAUGGCAUGUUACCACCUUUGCUUGGGUCUCGGUUGUUGUUCCUGACUCUGUGCAUGUGUUGAUCAGAGAUGCUGGGAAAGCCCCAGUAAUGACUGUCGUGUGAAGGAUUAUGUGUGUUACUAAGUGAGUUAUGAGAUUAUGUGAGUUUGUCUGUGGGGCUGACUCACUGAUCAUCUGGUGUUGUUGAAAACAUGAGUGUAAGUAACGUGCAGUGACAUCCACCUCUUUCAAGGGAACCCCUGUACUGUGCCUUUUGACGUGUGAGUGCUUGAUCUGAAAAACAUCACUCAUCUUCAGUCAUAACUGUAUGCAGCUGCGUGUGCAUUGGGACCAAAUCAUUUCACCUUCUUUGUAUUUAUUGGAAUUAAAAAGAAAAGGGAAAGUUUUAAAUGAAUUUCAAGUCAUAGCCAUGGUACUGUUCUGUUUUUGCUUUUAUAUGUGAAAAUAUAUGUGUAAUAAAGCAGUUGUCUCAAAAUAAAUGCCACAAGUAAUGAG